UGAGGUAGACGAAGUCGAGAGGAGGAUGUGAGUCAUUCUCUCCUCCAUCACCAUCACCAUCACCACCAUCCUCUGAGGUGUGUGUGCGCCGCUGGAGCUGCAGACAGACAAGACACACACACACACACACACACACACACACACACACACACAGAGCUCUGGUGGUGGACCGACUGAAACCGACUCCAUCUCUUUGUUCGCUCGGAACAUGGCGUCAAAAUGUCCAAAAUGCGACAAGACGGUGUAUUUCGCGGAGAAGGUGUCGUCUCUAGGGAAAGACUGGCACAAGUUCUGUCUGAAGUGUGAGCGCUGCAGCAAGACGUUGAACCCUGGAGGCCAUGCUGAGCAUGAUGGGAAACCUUACUGCCACAAGCCCUGCUACGCUGCCCUCUUUGGGCCAAAAGGCGUGAACAUCGGCGGUGCCGGUUCCUAUGUGUACGACAAUCCUGUCAACGAAGCCCCUGCUGCUGUUUCUAUGGAAACAGAUGGCAAACCAGAGGAGGAGAAGAAAGCCCCCGCACGGGGACCAGUGAAGGCUGCGAGCUUCUCGUCUUUCUCUGGAGGACCCAACAUCUGCCCCAGAUGCAACAAGACGGUUUAUUUCGCUGAGAAGGUGUCGUCUCUCGGGAAGAACUGGCACCGGCCCUGUCUGCGCUGUGAGAGAUGCAGUAAGACUCUGGCUCCUGGCAGCCAUGCAGAGCAUGACGGACAGCCAUACUGCCACAAACCGUGCUACGCCGUGCUGUUUGGGCCCAAAGGCGUUAACACCGGAGGUGUUGGCAGCUACAUCUACGAUGAUCCCGAGGCUGAGGCGCAGCCCUGAACUCUGACGCCGUCUACAGGACGUCUCUUUGAUUUGCCUUCACGGCGACAAACGAUAUGUACUGCACUCACAGGGAUGGAUAUUUAGAUGUUUAUGUUGUAUUUGUAUAUUGUUUAUAUAUCUAUUUUUUGUACUGAAACAAACCUUUAACAUGUCCUCCCAUGUGAGUUUCAGAUUUGCCUUUAGGUUUCUUGGUUCUCUUUGCCAAAUAAUUAUCAGCCUAAUUAUGUAGUAGAUUAAAGCGCCUGUGGUUUUUCACUUCUUAUUAAAAGUUUUUCAGACUUUUGUGCACCAGCCCACCAAUUUAUCGUCAGUGUUACUCGAACAGGUUCGUCCUGGUUCUGAAAAUAGGGCUGAAAUGUAGACGUAGCUGAGAUAGCGUGAACACACAAGCGUGCGUUUUACUGAAUGUUUUGAAGUUGAAGGUGAGUUUGAGGUCUGUUGUGAACAAAAAGUGUUUGACUGUGCAUCACAUUUUCUACAGUAAAACUGUGAUACCAAACCUGA